AUGACAUUGAAUCCAAUUCUUCUCGCCUACCAAUUUAUCCAGCAUAUUCUACUCAGACUUUUUGCCCCUGAUCCCCCGCCACCAAAUGCCAAACUCAACCGUCCUAGGAUUGCAAUCAUAGGUGCUGGCCUCACAGGUGUAUCCUCAGCUGCUCAUUGUGUUGGCCAUGGCUUUGACGUCGCUAUCUUUGAAGCUGGCGAUCGUGGUCAUUUAGGUGGCAUCUGGGCGCGCGUGAAUAAUACAUCUGGACUACAAAUUCACAGCUUAAUGUACCGUUUCUUCCCAAACUUGGAAUGGAAAAGUGGCUAUCCAAAUAGACGCGAAAUUCUUGAUAACAUCAGCAAUAUAUGGCACCAGUACUCCCUGGAGGAAAAAACCAAAUUUGGGGUCACAGUUGAAAAGGUCUGGCAGGACGGUCAUGGACGCUGGAUCGUGAAUGAUGAACAGUAUGGCAAAUUCGAUGGGAUUAUUGCUGCAAUUGGAACAUGUGGCGAGCCUAAGAUGCCACACAUUCCUGGAAAAGAAAAGUUUCAAGGAAAUAUUUAUCACUCGUCUGAGUUAGACGGAAAAGACGCGAAAGGAAAGAGAGUUGCCAUAAUCGGAGGCGGCGCUUCAGCUGUAGAAGCUCUCGAGUUCACCUCAGCCGCCCAAGCGGCAAAGACCUUCGUGCUUUCUCGGUCUGAUAAAUGGAUCAUCCCCCGAAAUGCAAUAGUCGACACACUCCUGGCUAUGAAUGUCUUUGGUCAGGAGAUACUUCUGUCAUGGAUACCAGAAAUGCUUCUUCGCAAGUUUUUCUACCGAGAUCUUGCAGACCUUGCACCCCCGUCAAAUAAAGGGAUCUUUACCGAAACCCCAAUGGUCAACUCUGAUGUCCUUGACAAAAUUCGAGACGGAAGCGCCGCAUGGCUGCGCGGUGAUAUCGUUGGUUUUGUUAAAAACGGUAUACGAUUUACUCAGCGAGCUCAAGGGGUGCCUCCGGGUGGACCUGGGAAGGAGAUAACUGUUGAGUGCGAUGUUGUCAUUAUGGCAACUGGCUUCGGUCGCCCGAAAUUAAGCUUCUUACCCGACGACUGCUUCGAAGAACCGUAUGCCCCACCCAAUUGGUACCUACAGACCUUUCCUCCGGGGUACAUGUCUAUCUGCGCCAAUAAUUGUACCUACGUCAACGCUAUUGGCACAGUAGGGAAUUAUCACAUCGGGAUAUACACUCGAAUACUGCUGAUGUUUCUCGUGGACCCCCUGACACGACCAAGGCAAGGCUUGAUGAAAGCUUGGAUAGAUAUGACACGUCUGUUCAAGAAGCGUUCACCAACGCCUGCUUUCGACUUUUUUACAUACACAGAGUUGCUCUGGUGGUACUUCUUUUGUGUUGCUAUCAACCCGUUCAGAUGGAAAUGGGCCCUUUUUGUCUUCUUCGGCAUUGGGAAAGGGUUGCCCAUGAAAUUCGUGGAGGAAGAAGAUAUGUUGAGGGCAAGGCUACAGCAGUACGACUCAAAGUGA